AUGAGAAAAGCAAUGGGAAAUCUCCAUGUUGCGACUUUACUUUCCUUUCAUUUUUGGCUUCUCAUUGUGCAAUUUCAGCUUUGUCAUACACAAAAAAUCUACUCAAACACAAGCUGCAUUGAGAGUGAGCGAAAAGCUCUUCUCAAGUUUAGGGAAAGCCUAAUAGAUGAAUCACACCGUCUGUCUUCCUGGUCUGGAGAAGACUGUUGUUCAUGGGAAGGAAUUGGUUGUAGCAAGAGUAAUGGCCAUGUUGUCAAGCUUGACCUCCAUAACCAAUUUCCAUUCGAUCCUUCCAGGUACUUUUAUGAUGUAAUCUACGCUAACAGUUACAGCACAACCUGCUUGGGAGGUGAGAUAAGUCCAUCUUUACUCGAGUUGGAGCAUUUGCAAUACUUGGACCUUAGCAUGAACAACUUCUCAGGCAUUCCAAUCCCAACAUUCUUGGGAUCCUUAAGGAAUUUGAGAUAUCUCGACCUGUCUAGUGCAGGUUUUGAAGGAAUGGUUCCUGAUGAUCUAGGAAACCUCUCAAGGUUAAAGUACCUCCAUCUUGGAGAUGCACCUCAAGGCUGGAGUUUUGGCUCAGACUUCACAUUGACUGCAAAAGAUCUUUGGUGGAUAGCUAAGCUUUCUUCUCUAGAAAGCUUAGACUUGUCUGGCGUACAGAUUGUGAACAAAGGAGAUUGGUUGCAUGCUGUUAACAUGCUCCCAUCUUUGUUAUCAUUAACUUUGGCAGGUUGUGAUCUUAAAACUAUUCCUCCUGUUUCACACAUUAAUUUCACUUCUCUUACUUCCCUUGACCUCAAAGGGAAUGGCUUUAGUUCUCCAAUUCCUCUCUGGUUCUCUAAUGUGACUUCACUCAUGAAUCUUCACCUUGAAGGUAACUACUUCUUUGGUCCAAUUCCUGACUCCCUUUUGCACCUGAACUCUCUUACUUUGCUUCAUCUUUCCUCCAAUAGCUUCAGAACUUCAUUACCAGAUUCAUUGUGUAAUUUGAGUAGCCUGGCUUAUGUCGAUUUGAGUUUUAAUCACUUUCAGGGAUCACUUCCAGUUUGCCUGGGGAAACUAUCUUCUCUUACUAUACUCCAUGUUCAUUCUAAUGAGUUUUCUGGUACCAUUCCUACAAGUCUUGGGCAGCUCACUAAACUGCAAAGGUUACGUCUUGCAGACAACCCAUUUACUGGUAUGCUGUCUGAUUUCCACUUUGCCAAUCUCAGGGAACUCAAAAUUCUGGAUAUUUCUUCAACCUUGCUGAGUUGGAAUGUAAGCUCCAUGUGGAUUCCUCCAUUUCAACUACAAUAUAUUCACAUGGGUUCCACCAAAUUAGGACCUCCAUUUCCUUCAUGGCUUCAAACACAAAGGGAGGUUAAUACAUUGAUCAUGUCAAAUGCAAGCAUCUCAGAUACCAUCCCUGAUUGGUUUGAAAAGGUGUAUUCGCAGAUUCAUUACUUGGAUCUUAGCACCAACAACAUAACAGGCAAGCCACCAGUGUUCAAAGAAAUUAACACGUUUGAUCGACUCAUAAUUUUUUAUUCCAACAAAUUUGAGGGCUCCUUGGUAUCGUUUCCACCAAAUGCUGUUGCAUUUGAUGCUUCAAGAAAUUUGCUAACUGGAAAUAUUCCUCCCCUUGAUGGGAACUCGGAAAUUCCACUGAUAUUGAGAUAUCUCCAUCUGAAUGAUAACCAAUUGACUGGAAGCAUCCCUGAUUGUAUAUGCAACAUACAGUCUUUGUUCACCUUAGAUCUCUCCAACAAUCAGUUAACAGGAAGAGUCCCUCUAUGCCUGGGGAAGCUGCAGCAGUUGAAGACACUGAACUUGAGAAACAACAGCCUGUCUGGUCAUAUCCCAAAUUCAUUAGGCUACAUGGAACCUCUGGUAUAUUUACUCUUGAGCAAAAAUAAGUUUCACGGGGAGCUCCCCUGGAAAAUGCAGAACAUGAAAAAUCUACAAGUUCUUGAUCUUGGAGAAAAUGGACUAUCAGGCAUUUUACCUGCCUGGAUUUGCAAUGGGUUAUCAAAUCUAAGAAUUCUCAGACUUCAAUCCAAUAACCUUGAAGGUAAUAUUUCAAUGCAAUUCUGCCACCUUAAAGAUCUUCAGGUACUAAACUUGGCUCACAACAAACUGGAAGGAAAAAUUCCUACCUGUUUUGGUAACUUGAGUGCAAUGGUAUCUACUGAAUCAGACAUUACACCAUUUGCAUUUUAUCUAACUCGCCAUCCUCAAAAGCUUUCAAACUUUAUGAAAGGAAGAGAGCUCGAGUACUCCACAAACCUUCCUUAUCUAAGAUCCCUGGAGCUUUCAGGAAAUAAUUUAGUUGGAGAGGUCCCUGAAGAACUAAUGGAUCUUGUUGGGUUGCAAAGUUUGACUUUGUCCAAUAAUCAUCUAAGUGGAAGAAUCCCAGACAAAAUUGGCAAUUUGAAACAACUAGAGUCUCUUGAUUUAUCAAGAAAUGAACUCUCUGGUUCAAUCCCUCUAAGUUUGUCCACUAUAGACACUCUGAGUUACCUAAAUCUAUCAUUUAAUAAUCUAUCAGGGCGAAUACCAACUGGAAAUCAGCUCCAAACCUUGAAUGAUCCAUCUAGUUUUGAAGGCAACAGUGGACUUUGUGGUAAACCACUCUUGAAAACUUGCCCUGACGACAAAUCACCUGAUGGGAAUAAGUCUAGUGGUGGACAUGAAGCUGGCGAAGAGUCUUAUUUCUCAUGGUUCUUUGCUGGGAUUGGACCUGGUUUUGCAGUUGGAUUCUCUGCAGUUUGUGGCAUCCUCACUUUCAAGAAAUCGUGGAGAUAUGCUUAUUUUCAAUUCAUGGAAAAUGUCUACAACACAUUGUGGCUGGCAAUUGCAUUGAAGAUUUCAAAGCUUCAAAGGAAGUUCAGUAGGUGUAUUUAGGCCAAUCAGAAAAUUUUCCUAGUUUUAACUCCUCUCUCUCUCU